GCUGGCAACAUGGCGUCCUCAGAUGUCCACGUCCGAAUAUGCGAACAAGAAAUUCUGAAAUAUGACUUGGAAAUCAAAGCUCUCAUCCAGGAUAUUAAUGAAUGCACAGGUCCUCAAAGCAAGCUGACAGAACUGAACUCAGAUGUGAAAAAGAGUUUCCACAAUCUCAGAUUGCGGAUUCAGGAUUUAGAGCAGAUGGCUAUGGAGCAGGACAAAGAGUCAGACAAGCAAGCUUUGAUCAGUCAGGUAGAGGGACACAGAAAACAGAUGAUGAGUAACCAGACAGUUUGGAGGAAAGCCAACCUGGCCAGCAAACUGUCCAUAGACAGUAUGGAGAAGCAGGCACUUCUUAAUGGAGCAGAUAGUGCCGUGAGGCAGAGGAAGAUGACCAAAGAGGAUCUGGCUCAGACAACCAGUGACAUUACAGAGAAUCUUAUGAGCAUCAGCCGGAUGAUGGCGCAGCAAGUUCAGCAGAGCGAGGACACCAUGACAACACUGGCAACCUCCUCAAGGACAAUCCAGGAGACCAACGACGAAUUUAAGACCAUGACGGGGACCAUCCAGCUGGGGAGGAAACUCAUCACCAAGUACAACCGCAGAGAGCUCACGGAUAAACUGCUCAUCUUCCUGGCGCUCGCCCUCUUCCUCGCCACAGUUCUCUAUAUCCUUAAGAAGAGACUAUUCCCCUUCCUGUAGACCAGGUACCUUUUGAGGAGCUCUUGCAUUACCACAUACAGUACUUUCCACGGUCAACUCAAAUGAUUUAAACAACUGAAUGCUGCGUGUCAUAUUACACAGAUAUAACACACGAGUGUCUGUUCAGUGGAAUGUCGCCUGUUCACUUAGCUGAACUGUGACGCUGCUGAGGGUGAAAUAUUGUCCACAGAGAGGAAGAUUAUUGCGCACCUAUAGUUCCAUGCUGUAUUUUGUUUGGUUCACCAUACAUUGGUGGUACAAGAUGUCCAUCUUUAGUUAGUGUGACAGUAAUGCUGUGCAUUGCUUUCAAUGAAAUCACUUGUGAGACGAGAUGGACGACCCAUAUUAAUCUUUAGUACAUUCCUGUGGAAGAUAUCCAGUGCAGUUUUUGUUUUCAUAUAUAUAUUUCACAUAUUAAAUAUAUAUAUUUAAAUUUAUAUACACACACAAACACAUGCAGAAAAUAAUUCUUCGACACUUAAAAUAGUAGCCCUCUGUUUGCUUCAGAUGUUGCUACGAGUGCAGUUCAGUGAAACUCCUGUUUAUGUAUGACACACAAGGUUCUUGAGAUGAAAAAAACAAAUCUGAGGAAAAUAAUGUAAGCAGAACAUUUUCGUAUAAUCAGAUAAUCACAUAACAAUAACAAGAGACACUUUUUAUUUCAGUUCAGCAAGCUUUUAUCGUCACGCAUGUCAUUGAAACAAUAUUACAGUCAUAGACAAUACUAUUAAUUACUAUUAUUCAAUAGUAGUAUUAAAUUAUACAUAUUUUGGAAACAGUACUAGGAUUUAAAAACCAACAUGUCUGUGUAACAGAAAGGGGCCUUCUUCUUAUAUUCCUCACUAACUGAUGUUUUAACCAAACAGUUCUUUAGCACAUGAAAUCAUAAAGUCGCUGUGCAAGUCAUUUUGUGUAAUUAUUAUUUAAAAAGAUGUACUGUAUAAUUACUGUAAGGUGUAAUUUAUUUCAGCAUUAUAAUGUCGAAAUGCUAUUUUCUGGGAAUAAAAUAUUGAAAUGGCUUUUAACUGUGAUACGACUGAAGACCAACUGCAGUUUGCAUGUCUCUAGCUGGGUAAUCAGAGUGGCGCUUGUAUAUGUGCACGUCAAAUUGUCCCAGUGUUCAGUUAGCGUGAAAACCAGGGGGAAAAAACUAUUCAAUGAAAGAGUGUGCACACUUCCCUCCUUCUCUGCCCCCGUGAGCUUGGCUCUGGUCUGCAGCAGAGCAGAAAAGUCCAGAAAAGCAGUGGUGGUGAUCACACUGUCAGAGAUAGAGCAGCAUGCAUCCCUGCCUUUCUUCAGAUAAGACCCGGAAAAGCAGAUUAUUCUGACCCGUUUCCCUCUGCCUUUCCAGUGUGGGUGGUGGGUGAGGGGGAAUAUUUUUAGGUUUGUGUGGCGCUGUUAUCUGACGUUGCCUUUUCAACACCUUGGAGGAGAGGGUGGCCAGAGGAGCUACAUGACCUUGCUACCCUUUCUGCAAUUGCCUGCCGUUGCCAUUUUGUUUAAUAUAUGUAAAUGUUGUCAGUACUGAUUAUCAAUAAAUGCAAAGUUUUCUGGC